CCUACCACGUCCUCAACGGUCAGUGCAUAUUUUUGGUUCCCUUCCAACCUGGUGCGGAAAAUACGCAUGCAUAAUGGUGGACUCAAUGAAACAUGAUUUUAUUCUACCUCCCAUUAUCCCAUUUUCAAUUUUUUCAUUUGGACUUCGUGUGCUGACCCAAGAUUUUUACAGGUCGCUAAAUAAUGUCUCAGGAGAAUGGUGAUGGGCGCGUUCACGAGCGCAUGGCGAACUAUACCGGAUUUUUUGAGACUUCGGAGAAAGACAGCGAGACGCAUAAGGAGAACCGGUUGCACAGUUAUACAGACGUAGUCAAUGGUUACUAUGAUGGCGCGACUUUGUUAUAUGAGUACGCCUGGGGACGGUCUUUCCACUUCUCUCGAUUUUACAGAGGCGAAUCAUUUCACCAAUCAGUUGCAAGGCAUGAGCACUAUUUAGCUGCUCAAAUGGGCCUAAAGUCUGGGAUGCGCGUCCUCGACGUGGGGUGUGGCGUUGGCGGACCCGCCCGAGAGAUCGCACGGUUCUCGGAUGUUCGUAUUGUGGGUGUGAACAACAAUGCUUUUCAGAUAAGCCGUGCAAAGAAGUACACAGCCGCCGCCGGGCUCUCAGAACAGGUCGAGUUCAUCCAAGGGGACUUCAUGAAACUUUCAGAAAUGUUUGGACCCAAUAGUUUUGAUGCUGUGUACGCUAUUGAGGCCACCGUGCAUGCACCAACCUUUGAGGGUAUUUAUGACGAGAUCUAUAAGGUGUUGAAGCCCGGUGGUGUCUUCGGCGUAUACGAAUGGGUGAUGACUGAUGCUUGGGAUCCAUCAAUUCCUGAGCAUAAGGCUAUAGCACAUGAAAUUGAAGUUGGUGAUGGCAUCGCUGAAAUGCGUUCUUACGCUCAGGCUCGCGAGGCGUUGAAGACGGUUGGGUUCGAGAUUGAGCUCGAUGAGGAUCUUGCGGAACGGCCAGAUGAAGUCCCCUGGUAUUACGUCCUGGAGGGUGAUCUUCGCAAAGCCCAGACAGCGUGGGACUACAUAAUGGUAUUUCGGACGUCGACGCUUGGACAAUUUAUCACGCAUAAUGGCUUAUGGCUCUUGGAAAAAUUACGUCUGGUUCCUCAGGGGACUUUCGAAGUUUGUGAAAAUCUAAAACAAGCGUUAACCGGUCUUGUGAGGGGAGGCCAGAUGAAGCUCUUUACUCCCAUGGCUCUUUUUGUUUCCAGAAAGCCAAAGGCCAACCUGAAUCAUGUAUUUAAUUAAAUCUCACUUCUUGAUGGACUCUUGUCGCUCGUGGUCAUCCUGGUUGUGUUUGACAGACAAUUUUUUUUUUAUUUGGGUACAUGUUAUGUCACUCAGCUAAGCAAGCAGUUUUAGUCCUUUGAAUGACUUGAACAUUAGGUGGGACUUCAGCCUCUAUGACUUGUAAUAUUCUGCUGCUUGUCUCCACAGUCGAUGUCCGUUGCAUCCAAUCCCAGUACAGUUGGGCCCACGCAAAGACAAGAAAAUUUCUAUAGCGGGGUUCUCCGGACCGUUAAGCAUUAUUUGGUCGAAAUCAGACCCCUUUUGAUGGGAUCUGCUCAAAAAUGCAAUUUCUGGGUUUUUCCCUAUUUUUUCUAGCACCCGCAAAAUUUUGGACCGAAAUUUUUAAGAUAAUUUGAUAAUUUUGAGCAUUGAAAUGUAACAUCUAGAGUGG